AUAAAUACCUAAUUUUGAGAAAACUUUUGUGAUUUCAAUUAGAUUCAUGAAAAUUGUAAACCCUAUUUCUUCAAUUGAUUCCUGAUUUUUUAAACCUAAAUUGAUCGUUUUUGUGAUGAGAUGAAAGUGAAUAAUUAAUUAUGAAGAUGGUAUUUUAUUUUUUGUUGAUGAUUGAUUAAGCUUAAUUUAAUUUGUUGUUUAUAAUAAUAUAUUAGGGUAGAUGGCUGAUCAAGUAUUGGAAGGGAGCCAACCUGUAGAUCUAAAGAAGCAUCCUUCUGGGAUUGUGCCUACAAUUCAAAAUAUUGUUUCAACAGCCAAUUUGGAUACUAAGUUGGAUCUCAAAGCAAUUGCUCUCCAAGCUCGUAAUGCAGAGUACAAUCCCAAGGAGGAAGAAGAAGAUGAUUUAAUUGAGGAUGUGUUGGCUGAUAUAGAAGAAGAUGAAAGAUUAAGGAGGAAGAAGAAGAGGAUUCGUUACAUUGAAGAUUUAUAUAGAGAUACAGUUCCUAUAGUUAAUGAUAAGAAAUAGGUUACAUUAAUAACUGACUUGUGUUAGAAGCUAACUUAAUGAGUUAGAUACAGGUUCCGUACAAUUCAGAUACUUUACAAUAGCUAUAUGCUGAAAUAUUAUGUUUAAUCUUUUAAUCUUUCUCUAUUUUUUUGUUUUGAUAUAAACACUAUAUU